AUGGACGACAGAUACGAUGAUGGCCCAAUUUAUCUAAGUGGCAUUACAGAAAGAGAUUUUCGUUCAUUUCUCAGUGUUAUAUACCCUAUCGAUCGCCACAACCCGUUGGCGUACGAAGAUUGGAAAAGCGUUCUUCGUCUGUCGACUCUAUGGAAAUUCGAUCAAAUUCGUGAUAAGGCCAUAAAUUGGCUUUCGUCUGCCAUAAUCUAUAAAGAUUGGGCAGAAAGAAUAAAGACGGCCAAGGAGUUCAACAUUACAAUUUGGCUCAGAGAUGCAUACGUUGACCUUGUUCAAAAAAACACCCUUAGCUACGAGGACCUUACCAGCGGGGAAUAUUCACUUGAGUGGGAUACCGUAGCCAAAAUAUUCUUCAUUCGAGCACAGGUACUAUCAUCUGGACAGGGGGUCAAGGAGAAUAUGAAAUCUUGGAAGGUUGCCAGAGCUUUAGUAAAUGAGCAUCUUCUCAACAAUAGUUAA